UGAGUGGGGGCUGCCGCCUGUCGAGGGACCGCAGCCCGGGUCAGCAGCAGGGAGAAGAGCCGCGAGAGGCUGCUGCGGCGGGGGGAGGCAACUAAUCUUCAACAAUGUCUUUCAUUUUUGAAUGGAUUUACAAUGGCUUCAGCAGCGUGCUGCAAUUUUUAGGAUUGUACAAGAAAUCUGGAAAACUAGUGUUUUUGGGCUUGGACAAUGCUGGUAAAACCACUCUUCUGCACAUGCUCAAAGAUGACAGAUUGGGUCAACAUGUCCCUACGCUACAUCCAACAUCAGAAGAGCUGACUAUUGCUGGAAUGACUUUCACAACUUUUGAUCUCGGUGGACAUGAGCAAGCACGCCGGGUUUGGAAGAAUUACCUGCCAGCAAUUAAUGGGAUUGUCUUUCUGGUGGAUUGUGCUGAUCAUUCACGUCUCAUGGAGUCUAAAGUUGAGCUUAAUGCACUAAUGACAGAUGAAACAAUAUCCAAUGUGCCAAUCCUUAUCUUGGGUAACAAAAUUGACAGACCAGAGGCCAUAAGUGAGGAAAAACUGCGGGAGAUUUUUGGGCUUUAUGGACAGACCACAGGAAAGGGAAAUGUGCCACUGAAGGACCUGAACACACGCCCCAUGGAAGUGUUCAUGUGCAGCGUGUUGAAGAGACAAGGCUAUGGCGAAGGCUUUCGUUGGCUAUCACAGUACAUUGACUGAUGUUUGGACAGACAUAGAGUUUUACUCCUCUGGACUGAUCCUGUUCACAGCUUCCUUAUGGACUUUUCUAUUAGAAUGUGGAAGGCUCUCCUGCCACAUAUUGGCAUUGACCAAGAGACUCCUGGUUUUCAACUAUCCUGUUGCACAGUGGUGACACAACUCUUUUCCACAUGACUGGGAGAUAACACAAUUCUGCACACUGGUGCAAGUUGUCCCUUUCAGUUGCCAUUGUUUCCCACAGAACCCAUGGCUUUCAGUUACAAUGGGGCUGGUGUGAUCUGGAAUCCAAAACUCUGCACGCUGUACUGCAACACCUGAAAAAGAGAAUACGUCUCACCACUGUGGCUAAUUGACUUAAAGAAAGCAAUUAUAUUUUUUAAAAAAAGUGUUAAUGUAAGCAGUGUCCCUUCUAACUUUUUGGUUUAACAUUUAUCUUGUUUGGUCCAGAGUCUAUUAGGGUUUUUUAAAAUCUAUUUAAUGGUAUUUAGAUAUUUCCCAAAUUAAUGAACCACGUAUCAUGAUAUUAAAGUCCUAAAUAAACAUAGAUUUGGGCUUAACUGGUCUAUAGGAUGGUUGUGCUGUGUCACACUGGGUGAUCAUGAAGAGGAUGCUGUUGGGACUGACUUGUGCAAUGAAGCUUCUUUAACUUACAGGGAUUUUAGUUGAAAAAGGACACACACAAGCACGUCUGUUCUGUUGCUGCCUCAUGCUUAGGUGUUUGAAUGCAGUUUCCAGUUUCAGCCUCCUAAAGUGGUGAUGCUAUGAAAGGGACAGUGUAGCUGUCUUGUUCAGUUUCCCAUUAGCAGUCUUUCUGCUGUGGUGGAUUAGGUUUAUUGGGUUCUCACUCUAGAAUGUAGGAUGUUCUUUGUUGCAGGGUUCCACUGUAUUAUAACUAAAAAUCAUGACGUUAUUUUGUUGUUGUUGUAGCAUGAGUGUUCAGCAUUUGCAUCUGAUAAGGUUGUUCAUGUAGACUGCACCAGCUUCUUUUUAUACUUAACAGACUUUGUCUGAAGUUUCAUUAUUGUCUAGAGCUCCUCCUUUUCAGUUAAAUAAAAUAAAGACAUAUCUUCCUCUACAAGGGGUGGUGAUACUUAGUUGAAACUUAUUCAAGCUUUCAUAACUGGAAAGUACCCUUCAUCAUUAGGGGAAAGUGAAGAAUCUUAUUGUGACACUAUGCAAUGUAAGGCCUGAGAACAGCUUGUGUGUACUUGCCUGCCACAACCUCUCUCACACACCCAAUAGUUCACAGAAAAAUUAUAUAUGAAUGGGAAGUAAAACAAAUGUUAGAUCUUAAACCCUGUUGAUUCUUGUCCUGCUGACAUUAUUCUGAUUAAUCCCCACAAGAGAUAUCAUUAUACUCCUGUAAAAUGGAGAAUAGAUUCAGCUCGAAAAUAGCCUGACACUUAAUUCCCUAUACCAACAUCUGUUACUCCUAAUGAGGGAAAGAGGAACUUUGAGUACUAGUUCAAUAAUUUAUCCCCAAUCUUUCUUUUUGGCAGCUGAUUGCCUUUCCCACAGGUGGUGGUAGUGAACAUUAGGAUACAGUUUAUACUUAUGCUGAGUUUGUCAUUUUGACCUAGCUUCAUCAACCAUUCACUGGAGUGUCGGAAGCCAUAUAUUUUUCUACGGUAAGUGUUGGAAUCUCCUGCGUAAAUGUCACUGUGGAGUACUCAACAGUAGCAUGUGAUACUGCCAUGUGUCAGGUAUGAAUUUAGUUUUACAACCAGAAAAAGGUUAACUGUGCUGCAAAAAUGGUACAUAUGUUCUUCUGAUGCUGGCAUAGAAACAUAUAACCCUUAUAUUUCAAUAAGUGAGUGGUUCUAAGUUGAGCUGAGCUUUCUAUGGGCAAAGAUUCAAGGAAUGUCAGAUUUGCUGAAGAGGAGGGGAACUGAUAGAAGGUUGACUCUUCCUAGGGUGUAGAGCAGUGCUUCUCAAAGCCGGUCCGCUGCUUGUUCAGGGAAAGCCC